AUGAAUAAUACCAACCAAAUCUUCCAACAUCAGCCGGCUGUGGCCACCAUCUUUGAGGAGAUGAAACGCUUGAACACCGAAGGUAUAAAAAGUCUCUUGGAAGAGGACAGCUCGACUGCAGCGCGUUUCUUUGUGAGUGCCUUGGGUCUUGCUCAAGGCCAGACCGCUGUCCACAUUCCGGACGAUGAGCAGGAGCCUCUGGCGGUACCUCCGCGUGAUCAUCGUCACAUUCCCUAUUUCUCUCCUAUUCGAGGACUGCAGGACGGCGACUCUUCUGUCUACGUACAUGACCAGCCGGUUUGGUUGGAUGGCUGGUGGCUGGCAGCAAACGGUGACGUGUUGGAAAAAGCCACAACGUUUGCAUCAUUCGUCCUCUUCAAUCUGGCUCUGUCCUAUCAUCACCGGGGUCUGGUGGAGCAAAAAGCGGCACACCUUAAGAGAGCAUGCAAGCUCUACAACAUCUGUGCCUCUGACAUGAUCCCACGGUUGCCCAUGUCCAUCAUGGAAUCCUUUGGGGUGCCUCUGGCCGCAGCUUGUCUGAAUAACCAAGCACAGAUCCAGUAUCAGUAUCUGGGUGAUUCUGCAGCCUCGUUGCGUCUUGCCCACGAAAUGUUGCAGCCUGAGAUGCUGGCUCGCAUGUACGCAGUUGCUUCUCAAAACGCUCAGUUUGCUCUCCAACUCGAAGAGUUCCUCUUGAACACCCAGCUCUUUCUGAACUGCUCUCGCAAUGCAGCCCCGGUUGCCUGA